AUGAAGCCUUCCAUUUCACUUCGAUCUCUUCGCACACUGCGUUCUCCUAUACUCCAUAAACACAAACAAAUACCUCGACUGACAGCCUCUUUCCUCAGAACGAAUACCUUCCAACCAAGAACCUUCACAAAAACCACAACAAAAAUGUCUUUCUCAAACACAGAUACCGGCUCCAAGACCGCAGACCCAUACACAGCCAAGAACAAGGAUGAGACUUCCAUCCAAGAGAAGGUCGAGGACCUCUCCGCGUUCGUCAAAGCUUGCAAAUUUGGCAUGAUGACCACCCGAGACGGCUCAUCUGGCGCUUUGGUCUCAAGAUGCAUGGCAUUGGCUGCUCAGGAAACCGGCGGCAUCGACCUCAUCUUCCACACCAACACCGAAUCCGGCAAAACCAACGACAUCGACUCCGACUCCCACAUCAACAUCUCCUUCCUCAACAGCUCCGGCGAAUGGGCCUCCGUAUCCGGCAAAGCCUCCAUCCUCACCGACCGCUCCGUCGUCAAGAAAUACUACUCGCCCACCCUCAAGGCCUGGCUCGGCGACCUCGGUGACGGAAAGCACGAUGGCUCGGAGAACGAUCCUAGAAUCGGUGUUAUUAGAGUCGAGGCCGUGACGGCUACUUAUGCUGUGGUGCGGAAGAAUGCUGUUAGUCGGGCGGCCGAGAUGGCGCAGGGUGUGAUUACGGGCAAGGCUCCUGCGGUUAAUAAGUUGAGGGAGUUGAGUGAGCAGGAUAUUGCGACUUGGAGAAGCUCGAAUAAGAUGGUUAACUGA